AUUGUGCUCUACCUGAGGAUGUGUUUGGCCUACAGCGCCGGGGCCAAGCCCAUGUCCAUGCGCCUGGCAGAUAUGCAGGACGAUGCACCGGCCAUCGGCCACUACAUCCAGACACUGCUGUCUUCUGAGCAUCAGUCUUCAGUAAAGAGUUCUGAGGCAAACCCUGUUCAUGUGUAUAUGGAUCUGCUGCAGCAGCUGCUGUCUGCUGUAGGGGGAAUCCCAGUUAUGUACUGUCUGCUGGAGGUGGUGUCUGUCUGCCCAGAGAAACUGGCUCCCAGAUUUGUUGAUAAAAUUGACUGGAUUAAAAGUCUGAUGAACACAAAUAAGGAGGACAUGAGGGAGCUUGCAGCCCAGCUGUAUGCUUUGGUGGUAUCCACCAUGAUUGGCAAUGAGCUGCAGAUGGCUGUGCACAACCUGGUCAAAAUCACCAAAGACAACCAUAGUCCUGAGACUCAGCAUGGCGCCAUCUUGGCUCUCGGCUACAUGGUGGGAAGGUACAUGAGCAAGAAGAAAGCUGUCACCUCUAGUGACUCAAUGCACGACAUGGGGCAGCAAAUCACCUCCCAAGAAGAUCAUCAACUUGUUGCCAUGGCCACCAAGACAAUUGGUUCCUUCCUGGACAGCAGUAGUGCACUGCUGGCUGUAGCAGCGUGUACAGCUCUGGGAGAAAUUGGGCGGAAUGGCACCUUGCCAAUCCCUGCAGAGGGGGAGGGCUUCACCAAACUGUCAACCGUGGAAAACCUACUGGCUCGCAUCCCCUCUGGCAAGGAGAGCACAAAGUUUUGGCUAUCAGCGGACAUGAAGUGGAUAAGAAAACGUGCCUUUGGU